UGGGUAAGACAUCGGGAAGGCUUGUGGGGUCAUCAUUUUUCCUCUUUUUUUUCUCCGCCACUCUUUCGUGUCGUUAAACGGCGACUACCUCCGGGAUGACUGCUGCCCGGCAUGUCGACCAGAGUACGGCCCCAAAGGCCGGAGAUGUUACGAAGUGGAAACCGUUAGCAAAUGAGCAACAAUGAUGACCGCAUUCCAGCAGCAGCUCGUUUGGCAAAUUAGCUGGCUAGCAUGUUUGUUUUUUCAUUCAAGUCAAUAGCCUUACGUGUCUUUUUUUAUCUCUCCUUUUAUUGUCAGCCUCUGUGGAUUUAAAUUAACCUGGAAUAUGAACAGAAGAGGAUAAAACGUGAGCUUUUCCACCACCACCACCCGUGGACAUGCCCGGUCUGUGGAGCCAGGCUGGGCGAAACUAGCUACACAGCAGGCUGUUUUUUUAUUCUCCAUUUCUCCUUGUGAUUAGUAUUUAUUUAUUUGAAUGAUUGUCAAGACGAGGAGCUGAUUUUGUUCGGGGAUCAGGAGCCAUCAUGGGGGAGCCCAGCCUGGACGACUCCAACGUCAAGGUGGCUGUUCGUGUUCGGCCCAUGAACAGGAGAGAAAAGGAAUUGAACACCAAGUGUGUGGUGGAGAUGGUGAAGAACCAGACCGUCCUCCAUCCAGCGGGGGCCAACCUGGGCAAGGGCGACUCCAGGAACCAGUCCAAGGUGUUUGCCUACGAUUACUGCUUCUGGUCCAUGGACGAGUCAGACAAAGACAAGUUUGCCGGUCAGGAGGUGGUGUUUCAGUGCCUUGGGGAAAGUCUUCUUCAUAAUGCCUUCCUGGGCUACAAUGCCUGUAUCUUUGCCUACGGACAAACUGGUUCCGGAAAGUCCUACACCAUGAUGGGUUCCGGGGACCAGCCGGGCCUCAUUCCUCGGCUUUGCAGCGCUUUGUUUGACAGAACCCAGACGGAACAGCGGGAGCAGGAGAAGUUUACCGUGGAGGUUUCCUACAUGGAGAUCUACAACGAAAAGGUCCGGGAUUUGCUGGAUCCUAAAGGGGGUCGACAAACGCUGAGGGUGAGAGAGCACAAAGUGUUGGGUCCUUACGUGGAUGGCCUGUCUCGGCUAGCGGUGGCCAGCUACAAGGACAUUGAGUCUCUGAUGUCGGAGGGGAAUAAAUCUCGCACGGUGGCUGCCACCAACAUGAAUGAGGAGAGCAGUCGAUCGCACGCCGUCUUCAACAUCAUCCUGACGCACACUCUUACGGACGUACAGUCUGGGACGAGCGGUGAGAAAGUGAGUCGGUUGAGUUUAGUGGACUUGGCCGGAAGUGAACGAGCGGCAAAAACUGGAGCAGCAGGAGAGCGCCUCAAAGAGGGAAGCAACAUCAACAAGUCUCUGACGACACUCGGCCUGGUGAUCUCCGCUCUGGCAGAGCAAGGAACAGCCAAGAACAAGACCAAGUUUGUUCCCUACAGGGACUCUGUGCUUACAUGGCUGCUGAAGGACUGUCUCGGCGGCAACAGUCGCACAGCGAUGGUGGCAACCGUCAGCCCAGCGGCGGACAAUUACGAGGAGACGCUCUCCACGCUGCGCUAUGCGGACCGAGCGAAGAGCAUCGUGAACCACGCCGUCGUCAACGAGGACCCCAACGCUCGCAUCAUCAGGGAGCUCCGAGAGGAGGUGGAGAAACUGCGAGUGCAGCUAACUCAAGCUGAGUCGCUGAAAGCUCCGGAGCUGAAGGAGCGUCUGGAGGAGUCUGAGAAGCUGAUUCAAGAGAUGACCAUCACGUGGGAGGAUAAGCUUCGCAAGACAGAAGAGGUUGCACAGGAGCGUCAGAAGCAGCUGGAGAGUCUGGGCAUUUCCCUGCAGUCUUCAGGAAUUAAAGUGGGUGAUGAUAAGAGCUUUCUGGUCAACCUCAAUGCAGAUCCAGCCCUCAAUGAGCUGCUGGUGUACUACCUGAAGGAGGACCACACUCAGGUGGGCUCUGCAGACUCCCAGGACAUCCAGCUGUGUGGGAUGGGCAUCCAGGCCGAGCACUGCGUCAUCGACAUCACGGGCGACACCGCCGUCAUCCUCACCCCCUACCCCAACGCUCGGACUUGUGUCAACGGAUCCCCGGUGACCACGGCGCUGCAGCUUCACCAUGGCGACCGCAUCCUCUGGGGCAACAACCACUUCUUCAGGAUAAACCUUCCCAAGCGCCGCGCUCGGACAGCCGAGGACGAGGAGGGCGACGGCGGUGUGAUGAAGAAGAGCGGGAGCAGCGAGCAGCUGGACGCAGACGGCGACACGGCCAGCGAGGUGUCCAGCGACGUCAGCUUCUCCUACGAGUUCGCUCAGACCGAAGUCAUGAUGAAGGCUCUCGGCAACAACGACCCCAUGCAGAGCGUCCUGCAGUCUCUGGAGAGGCAGCACGAAGAGGAGAAGCGCUCGGCUCUGGAGCGGCAGAGACAGAUGUACGAGCAAGAACUCCAGCAGCUCCGUCGGAAGCUCAACCCGGACCGCCUGUCCUCUGGAGCGCCGUCGUACGGCCAGCCAAGCGUUGGACAGCAGUCGCACCAUCGCAGCAUGGAGAGGCUCAGCGUGGGAGGCAUGAGCCAUUCCAACAGCGCACAGAGCAGACUGAGACAGUGGAGCGAGGAUAGGGAGGCGGUGCUGCUAAGGAGUUUGCGGCGCUUACGGGAGCAAAUCGUGCGAGCCAACCUCCUGGUGCAAGAAGCCUGCUUCAUCGCCGACGAGCUGGAACGCCACACCGAGUACAAAGUCACCCUCCAGAUCCCCUCUGAUAACCUCAACGCCAACCGCAAGAGGGACGCCGUACUCAGUGAACCGGCCAUUCAGGUACGACGGCGGUGCCGUGGGAAGCAAAUCUGGAGUUUGGAGAAGAUGGAGAACCGCCUGGUGGACAUGAGGGAGCUGUACCAGGAGUGGCAGGACUACCAGCACCAUGACAGCGACAACCCUAUGAUGCGCUCGUAUUUCCGCCGCGCCGACCCCUUCUUUGACGAGCAGGAGAACCACAGUCUGAUUGGCGUCGCCAAUGUCUUCUUGUCCUGCCUUUUCUAUGACGUCAAGCUCCAGUAUGCUGUUCCCAUCAUCAACCAGAAGGGGGAGGUGGCCGGGCGUCUCCAUGUGGAGGUGGUGAGGGUAGGAGGGGCUUUAGAGGACAACAUCGCCGGUGGAGACGAUCCUGACAACAACCUGGACUCUGAAAUCCAGGACCGCAAACUCGUCUGUAUGGUAAGAGAUGUCCAAUGCCGCAUGGCCAGGAUGUUUGCCAUCGAGUGUAACCUUCUUCAUCUUCUGCAGAUUAAGAUCCUGCAAGCCACGGGUCUCCCCCAGUACCUGUCCAACUUUGUCUUCUGCCAGUACGCCUUCUGGGACCAGCCUGAGCCCAUCAUCGUCGGCCCCGAGGUAGACCCCUCGUCCUCGUCGCCCAGCACCAAGGACCCGCACUGCAUGGUGGUGUUUGACAGCUGCAAGGAACUGGCUGUGUCCGUCUCCGAAGAUUUCAUUGAGUACCUGACUGAGGGAGCGGUGGCCAUCGAGGUGUACGGACACAGGCAGGCCGACGCGGGCAGGAACCCGGCCUUGUGGGACCUCAGCAUCAUUCAGGCCAAGACGCGUACACUGAGAGACAGGUGGAGCGAGGUCAUGCGGCGUCUUGAACUAUGGAUCCAGAUCCUUGAGAUCAACGAGAACGGCGACUUUGUCCCGGUGGAAGUCAUUCCCGGCAGAGACGUCAGCACCGGAGGAAUCUUUCAACUCCGCCAAGGCCAGGCCAGGAGGAUCCAAGUGGAUGUACGCUCCGUUCAGGACUCGGGCACCAUGCCUCUGAUAGCGGAGAUCGUGCUGGCGGUGUCGGUGGGCUGCGUGGAGAUCACACCCACCAUCAGCGGCCAGGAGGGGGACGAGAUGGACAGUUACCAGGAGAGAGACCUGGAACGCUUGCGACGUCAGUGGUUGGCGGCUCUCACCAAGAGACAGGAAUAUUUGGACCAGCACCUGCAGAGCCUCGUCAGCAAAGCAGAAAAAAACGAGGACGACACGGAGAGGGAGGCCCAGCUGCUCGAGUGGCGCCUGACUCUGACUGAGGAACGCAACGCGGUCAUGGUGCCCUCUGCCGGUAGCGGCAUUCCCGGCGCUCCUGCUGAGUGGGUUCCGCUCCCGGGCAUGGAGACUCACAUUCCGGUUCUCUUCCUGAACCUCAAACCCGAUGACCUCAGCUCUCAGGACCACUAUGAAGUUCCCGAUGCGGGCGGCUGGGACGCCACGCUGAGCGGAGAAGACGAGGACGACUUCUUCGACCUGCAGAUCGUCAAACACUACGACGGCGAGGUGAAAGCCGAGGCGUCGUGGGACUCCACCGUCCAUGAGUGCCCCCAGCUGAGCCGAGGAGGAGCUUGGCCCGACAACUGCGUGUACCUCACCGUGCGCGCGGUAGUGCAGCUCAGCCACCCCGCCGACAUGCAACUGGUCCUCAGGAAGAGAAUCUGCGUGAACGUCAACCCCGGGCGCCAGGGCUUUGCUCACACCUUCCUCAGAAGGAUGUCCACCCGUAGCACCAUCCCCGGCUGCGGCGUCACCUUCGAGGUGGUGUCCAACAUCCCCGGGGAUGCCCCCGGUUCCGAGGACAGGGAGAUGCUAGCCCGCCUUGCCGCCAGCGCUCACAGCAGCCAGUCAGGAGACGACGAGGCCGCUAUUGAGAAGUACCUCCGCAGUGUGCUCAGUCUGGAGAACAUCCUCACUCUGGACCGACUCAGACAGGAAGUGGCAGUGAAGGAACAACUGGCCGCCAGAAGCCGAAGUAACCGGCGGAGUAUCAGUUCCCCGUCUGUAAAUAGGUUGUCCGGAAGCAGACAAGACCUGUCCACAACCUGCCUGCUGGAGGACAAGGGUCGAUGGGAGAGCCAACAGGAUAUCUUCAUGCCCUCUCAGUUUCACCGCACCCUCCCCCGUCCCGCCUCCUCGCCCUCCACCUACUGCCCCGGCCCGCCCCCGUCCACCCAGCCCUCCGCCGUCACACCCCCACGCAACCAGGAACCAGAGCAAGUGAAGGCGUUGGUUCCUCAGAUGCCCAAACUCCUCAAGUCUCUGUUCCCGGCGCGGGACGACAAGAAGGAGCUGAGGCCGUCGCCGCAAGGCCAGCAGCACGUGCCUCGCAUCAUGUCGCCACCAGGGGGCGACGACAGAGUCAAGGCGGACUCGGCCACCCUCCUGCAAGCCCCGCCCAGAGACAGGCGGUCCGACCCCCAGGACGUCCCGUCUCUUCCCGUGCAUGACCCGCAUGACAGCGCCCCCCUCAGCCCGCUCAGCCAGUCGUCCAGCGGCUACUUCUCCGCUAGCGUCUCCACGGCGACCCUGUCCGACGUCCUGCAGCCCUCGUCCUCCUCUUCCUCCCUGCUCGCCACGGACGCCGCGUGUCCUCCCGCCAACUCCCCGCCCGCUCCUUCCACCCACGGCGGCGUGACCGCACACCGCUUCCUCUCCGAACAGAAGCCGCUACACUCGGACGGUGGCGGAGGAGGAGGCGGUCUCGCAGACGAUGCAGUACCCGACUGGUUAACGGAGGGCAUCCACGUCUCCAUCGGGAGCAGCAAGGCGGGGACGGUGCGCUACGUGGGAACGACGCGGUUUGCGGAAGGCGUGUGGGUAGGGGUGGAGCUGGACUCCCCAGCGGGUAAACACGACGGCUCGGUGGGAGGACAUCGCUACUUCCAGUGUCGACCGGGACAUGGCGUGCUGGUUCGCCCUGACCGCCUGUCCUGCCGAGAUCGCAACGGACGGCGGACGCAGGACAUCGCCGCUCCGGGCCACGCCUCCGUCCUGAGAGAGACUGUCGUUUCCCGGCGAGGCGAGAACCGCAAAUCCUGGAGCAGCUGAGACACGGAAUUGUUUUUUUUUUUGUUUUGUUUUGUUUUUUUAAACACAACAGACGACAUCCUCGUCUUCCUCGUCUUCCUCCAUCUUGAUUCCCAGCUGAUUCACUGCCGGGCUGGAGACGCCAUCUUUGCUGGAAGACAGGAAGCAGUCAGUCUGAGGACGUUUUAACCUCCGAGCGGCGUCCCGCCCCCCCGAUGCACACUGAUGCAAACGUGGCUAAACGCUACUUGAUGGCGUUUUACCCAGAAUGCUUUGCGGCAGCCUCCCAUCCACCUUCUGGCUUCUCCCACCUUGUGCCUUCACUGCGGACCCGCACGCCGCUCGUCUUUGUGCUGCCGUGGGGGGUUCGGCGUAAGGGGAGCGCCUCGUGCCACGGGUGAGGUGAUCUCAGGGACUGCGGGGGGCUUGGGGGGGGGGGGGGGCGUCCACGUUUGCGUGGCGAUGUACGCCAUCGCUUUGUGUGCAAUAAGUGGGAUUGUGACGUGACGUCUUUGUGUGCCAACUAGAUGUCGUGUCGGUGGAAAACGUGCGCCUUAGUUUUAAAUGAAAUGAUAUCUCUCUUAUUUUGAAAGGGUGGGGGGAGAAGAGCUUCCUGACUGGUCUUGAUGUAAGAAUGAAGUCGACAACAAAAAAAAAAAACUUCCUCGUGAGCAUUCCACAGACGUCAACCUUAUUUUAUUUAUGGACGUCACUUCAUCAGGUCUACUUCCUGUAGGGGAAUAGGCUCCGCCCACUGCACAGGGAGUGGCAUGAUGGGAGAUGUAGGCUGCAGUCUUUGCCUCGCCACACAAAGCGGAUCAUCAGGCUUUCGCGCCUAAUUUAAGUUUUUAUCCUGGCGACUCGCCACUGAGGCGGGUCGGUAAACACACACACAUACGUAUACACACAUACGCACGCACGCACACACACACACACACACACACACACACACAUAUCAGUCACAUGCAGUUUGGAGGUCGAUGAGGACCACACUGACAAGAAUAAAGUAGAAUAGCAAAUGAAAACAAAAGUUAGCACAAGUUGUAGCGUCUCCACCAAAACGUUUGCAGAGAAUCAGCAUCAAACUAGCAUCCCGCCAUCACUUAGCAAGACAUCAGGAUUGGACAUUUUUCUCGUUAAAAAUGGCAAGUAGGUGUAACGUUGCGACUUUUUCAAGAAACAUUUAAGUGUCGUACGAUGAUUAUGUUUUUCUUACAAAAUAUAUCUUAAGUGUUACAUUUUUUUUUGGUCAUUACAAUAUUUUUCUUUAAAAAUUGACUUAAACGUUAUUACGACAUUACGACUCGUAAAAUGACUUCUGUGUCGUAAUGUUACAACUUUUUGUCAUAUGAACAUUUUCCUCGUAAAAUAUGACUGAUGUUGUAAUGUUACAAAUUUUGUCAUAUUACGACUUUUUUUAAGAAAAAUCUGACUUUCAUGUCGUAACCUUAUUCGGACAUUUUUUUCAUAAAAAUGACAAUUGUUGUAAUGUUACGACUUUUUUGUCAUAUUACGACAUUUUCACGUAAUUUUAGUAUCGUAAUGUUACAAUUUUUUUUCAUUACAAUUUUUCCUAAAAUUUACUUCAAAAAUGUCAUGUUAGUACAUUUUUCUCGUAAAAUGACUUAAAUAUCGUAAUGUUACAAAUUUUUGUCAUAUGACACUUUUCCCCAAUAUCUUAACCUUAACCUUAUUAGGACAUUUUCCUCGUAAAAUAUGACUGAUGUUGUAAUGUUACAAAUUUUGUCAUAUUACGACAUUUUGUAAAGAAAAAUCUGACCUUAUUCGGACAUUUUUUUCAUUAAAAUGACAAGUGUUGUAAUGUUAUGAUUUUUUUGUCAUAUUACGACAUUUUCACGAAAAAUUUGGUUUUGCAAAAUAUAAUUUUAGUGUCGUAAUGUUACAAUUUUUUUUCAUUACAAUUUUUUUCUAAAAUUUACUUCAAAAAUGUCAUGUUAGGACAUUUUUCUCGUAAAAAUGACUUGAAUAUCGUAAUGUUACAAAUUUUGUCAUAUUACGACAUUUUUUUAAGAAAAAUCUGACUUUCAUGUCAUAACCUUAUUCGGACAUUUUUUUCAUAAAAAUUACAAAUGUUGUAAUGUUACGACUUUUUUGUCACAUUACGACAUUUUCACGAAACAUUUGUAGUGUUAAACUAUGAUUACUUUGGUUUUGCAAAAUAUAACUAUAGUGCCGUAAUGUUACAAUGUUUUUUUCAUUACAAUUUUUUUCCUAAAAUUGACUUCAAAAAUGUCAUGUUAGGACAUUUUUCUCGUAAAAAUGACUUGAAUAUCGUAAUGUUACAAAUUUUGUCAUAUUACGACAUUUUUUUAAGAAAAAUCUGACUUUCAUGUCAUAACCUUAUUCGGACAUUUUUUUCAUAAAAAUGACAGGUGUUGUAAUGUUACGACUUUCUUGACAUAUUACGACAUUUUCACGAAAAAUGUGUUAACAAGUGUUAUACCAUGAUUACUUUGGUUUUGCAAAAUAUAACUUUAGUGUUGUAAUUUUUUUUUCCAUUACAAUUUUUUUUUUUGUCGUAAUGUUACAACUUUUUGUCAUAUGACACUUUUUCCCAAAGGUCUUAACCUUAACCUUAUUAGGACAUUUUCCUCGUAAAAUAUGACUGAUGAUGUAAUGUUACAAAUUUUGUCAUAUUAUGACAUUUUUUUAAGACAAAUCUGACUUUUUGUCUCGUAAAAAUGACGUGUUGUAAUGUUACGAUUUUUUUGUCAUAUUACAAAAGUGUUGUACCGUGAUUACAUUUUUCUUGCAAAAUUUAACUUUUUUGUCGUAAUGUUACAACUUUUUGUCAUAUGACAUUUUUUAAGAAAAAUAUGACUUAAGUGUAGAACAUUUUCCUUGUAAAAUAUGACAUUAUGGUAUAAUAUUCCAACAUUUUGGUCAUAUUUCUCAUAGAAAUGACUUCAGUUUCGUAAUGUUCCAACUUUCUUUUGGCUGACUUUCCAUCGAGAUUUCAUCUUCUCUGCUUUUUUUUGUUUUUUUCUUGUCAGUGUGGCCCCAGACAGUCGUCAGUCAGACAAAAGGCAAGCCUUAGCAUGGCUGUCAUGUGACUGCACGCGGUAUUAUGGCGGUAUUAGGACUUAUUGAUGUAGAAAUAAUCCACGUGCCUCGUACACGCCAGACCUUUGAAGUCUUUUUUUUUUUUUUUUAUUGUUGUCUUGUUUUAUUUUUGGGGAAAAUGAAAAAUUGCACAGGUGAUUCCAUGAAUAAUUGCUGCUAUUAGCAUGAACACUCGCUCGUUGGUCCUUUCUCGCGCCCACGGAGGACGAAGAUGAUGAUGAUGUUGGAUGAGGCACUUUUGUCAUAUGAGGGGAAAUGGAAGGUCGAAUAUCAUUGGUCCGCUGAUUGAUUGAUUGGUUGAUUGAUUGAUUAGCAGGAUGUUCGGUUUAGUGCAGGUGCCUGACGGCAUGUUGAUAUGUUGGAAAUGAUUUUAGGACAUUUGUGGCGUGAAGGAAAAAUGGGCGUGUCUUUUUGUGUGGGUGUGAUGUUUUACUUUACUUUUACCCCCUGCUGGCUACUACCAGUACUGCGGCUUUCUUUAGCAAGCAGUCUGCUGGCGUUUUUUUUUUUUUUUGUUCUUCUCAUAUCAACUUCUCACUUCGUUUGCACACAAAAAAAGCGAGCCCUUCGCUUUUCAAGUCGUACAAAAUUAUUGUUAAUUUUUUUUAUUUGUGAUGCUGUUGAUGAUGGCCUCGUGGGCCGAGAUGACUCAGCAAUAUUCUUCACUUAUAUUCUGCAUUCUUUCCUGCAGACCUCCGCCAAGGACCAGCAGCCAUCAUUCAGCAUGAGUGACGUCAUUAACUUUCAUGUAAAAUAUCCACAUAAAUAUAACAUCUUCCUUGGCGGAGGUCUGCUUUCGGGCAAGCACAUUUACGCCUGUUUUGUAAUGAUUUGGUUGAAUUAUUCAUGUUUUUAAUGUGAGCCUCUCUGGCGUCCUCUGGCGGUUGCCGUCAAGAAUGCAGGUGGACAGCAUUUUUGAAACACUGCAACGUACUUUUUCACUUCUUUUACUACCUCUUUUCUUCUUCUUCUUCUCCUCCCUUGAGGCCUUUUUUUUCCCAGCAACCAAGUAACUUUUUGUUCUCAACAAGCGCAAUUAAGCAAUACAAUCUUUUUUUUUUCUUUGCAAUUAUUAGCAAUGAUUGCUAUUUGCUAACAUUUAUUUCAUGUUCAGUUGUGGUGUCAAAACAUUUCAUAUCUGCGUGUGCGUGGAUGCGUUGAGGAAUCUUGAGCACAGAGUUUUUAGAUUAUAAUUUAAAUUGUUUUAUGUCACUAUGCUGCAAUCCAAAGAGAUUAUAUACAAUUCAACAUUUAUCAUGUUUGGUUCUUUUUUGUAUCAUCUGAACAAUAAUCUGGCAAGGAAAAAAAAUAAAACAUGAGAGA